AAUAAUAAUGUUGUAGAUAUUGUAGAUGACAAAAUGUUUUUAAAAGUGUUCAUAAAGCAAAAUAAUGCAUAAUAAUGCUACACUUUAAUUAUUGUGAAAAAGCGGAAAUAUGGUAAUGGACACAUUUCUACUUGACAGUACUAGUAGUAGUGGAUGGUUUCCUGUUUUCAGAACGACUCUUUCUAUUGUCCAUUUUCUGUUUCCCCUCGCUUCCCUGACCCCUACCCUCUGCUCUGAGCCCUGGCUGGUCUUUCUUGUCAGCUGACUUGAGACGUCUGUCCAGGUCAUUGAAGAUCUGGACUGCUAUCUGUC